AUGAGACCACUUGCUGACACACCUAGUUCGGUGGAAAAUUCUGACGACAUGGAGAUCGAUCCUGCAGGCGACCUUAGCGGCACAUUCCCAUCCGUGCAGGAACAAAUCCAUGUCGAUGAGAACGUUCACGCAGAGCCUUCUCGUUUGGAGGAUGAGCUCGUUGACACAGACAACGAGUCCGAAGACACUGAGUAUGGCUGCGACAAACGUUGGCUUUACAAGAUUAAGAGAUACAUUGCCAACGGCGUCCUACCUUCUGACAAGUGGGCAGCUCGAAAACUUCGAGCAUAG